AUGGCUGAUCGAACCAGCCGGACAACACCCGUCGAUCGAGAGAAGACUUGCCCCUUCCUCUUGCGCGUUUUCGUCAAGCCUGGCUCACAUCAUGAUCCUGAAAGAGACUAUCAAGUCCCAGAUCGACUCCCGGUAUCCAAUGAAUGUCAGCUCUACGCCUGGAAGGACACGACCCUACGAGAUAUCUGUCUUCAGCUUUUGGACUCGAAUCCAUCAAUCAAAUCAAACCUACCUCUCAAGUUUUCGAUCCGACUAGUUUUCCUUGACACACCUCGAGAUCUCAGCACCAGCAGUCACAAUUCACCCCUACCCAGAUACAAAUCACAAGACCUUGGAUCAAUAUUCUGUCGCGACCUCACUCGUCCAGUUACAGCAGCACCGGCCAACAAGUCGCUCCACGACGUUCGAUUCUGCGUGGGAGAUUUUGUCGACAUCGCCCUCAUCUCGUCUUUUUCUGCUAAUCCCACUGGCGGGACCUCUGCGCCUUCAGAGGCGCCUAGGCCGAGCUUUGGAAUCAGGGGUGCCGCUCGGGGUUUCGCCAGCGCAGCGCCGGCGUCCGAAUCGACCUCAUGGGCUCGCUCGGCUGCCCCUCCUCGCUGGGGCGGUGCACCUGAACGACGCGGUGGCUCUGGAACUUAUGAAACUUCGCAUCCGCCCGAUAAUGGCAGAUGGGGUCACAACUCCGUCACUUAUUCCGAACGAGCCAAUGGCGGUCACAGAAGUGGAAACGACCGUUACCGGGAACGAGGAGGACCUAGAUGGGCUAGCACUAGCGCACCACGUAGAGAUAGUCGCGAACGAAGUCCACCUCGUCGAAGGAGAUUAUAA